CCCUUUCCCACAUAAAUAUGGCCUCCCCACCAAAGCCCUAACUCGCGCUUUCUUUUCUCCGCCUUUUGUUGCUGCCCUGCAAGAAGAUAACUCCCCUCUGUUCUCUCUCUUUCUCUCUUCUCAAGCCUGGCUCCUCUUUCUGUCUUUCCUUUCUUGUAGCCAAGAGAAAGGAGAGUACCUGCAAUAGGAGUUCUUGCUUUGAUACAGAGGAUACCCACAUAGAUUUUCACCUCCUUUUGUGGAUUUUGAUUCAUUCCCAUUACAGAUCAUGUUAUAGCCUCGUUUCUGGCUUCAACUGCUUGUGGGUAUUGAUCAUUUCCUCUGUUCUUUGUUCUUUCUUUUCGUUUUGUGCUUAAACUCCUGGUCCUACCAUUUGGUAUCCUAAUCUUAUACACCUUAUCACCUGUAGUUACUCUUUUGCUGUGAUUUUUUGAUAAAAAGUUGGUCCUAGUUCUUUUCAUCAGCUGGUGUCUUGUGACUACUGAUUAGUUGUGUAUCUUUCUCUUGCUUCUUUGGGCAUUGGUGCCGAUAUCUACGCCUAGAGCACAACCUUGAUCACUAUUGUUUCAGGUUUCAUUUCCGGUAGGUUGCCGGUACCAAUUUUUCAUAUUCCUUCAUCUAUUGUAUUAAUUAUUGUAGCUUUGGUCUAUUAGGUUGCCUGGUUUUCUACUUGAAGCUUUGUAGUUCUUGUCCUUAGUCCCUAAAUUAAUCAUCGUUUCCAUAUGAAAAUGGCCAUUCCGUGCUCUCCCCUCUUUUACAUGGAGAAACCCACAAUCCCCAUUCCUUCACCCCCUUCGUCUUCAUCAGCCUCUGCUGUUCUUACACAAGAUGAUCUCAAGAGAAUUGCAGCAUACAGAGCCGUUGAAUACGUUGAAAGUGGCAUGGUUUUAGGAUUAGGUACUGGUUCAACUGCUGCUUACGCCAUUGAGAGGAUUGGUGAGCUGCUGAAACAGGGUAAAUUGAAGGACAUUGUGGGUAUUCCGACCUCGAAGAAGACUGAGAAGCAGGCCUCUGCUUGGGACAUUCCUCUUUCAGACCUUGCGACCCACCCUGUCCUCGACUUGGCCAUUGAUGGAGCUGAUGAGGUCGAUCCCAAGCUCAAUUUGAUCAAGGGCAGGGGUGGGUCACUUCUCCGGGAGAAGAUGAUUGAGGGGGCAUGCAAGAAAUUUAUAGUUAUAGUUGAUGAAACAAAGAUGGUUGAGAAUUUAGGGGAGAGUGGCAUGGCUGUGCCAGUUGAGGUCGUUCCUUUUGGGUGGGCAUUCACGGCUAAGAGGCUACAGAGCCUCUUUGAAGAGGUGGGCUGUGAGGCGAAGCUCAGGAGAUGCGCCAAAAGCGGCGAACCAUUCUUGACAGACAAUUCAAACUACAUUGUGGAUUUGUUCUUCAAAGGCCCAAUUGGAGACCUGGAAGCUGCAAGUGAUUCAAUGCUGCGCUUGACAGGCGUUAUCGAGCAUGGGUUGUUCUUGGACAUGGCCACUUCUGUUAUAAUUGCAAGUUCAUUUGGUGUGACGAUGAAGAACAAGUAGUGCUGAUAUAUGGGUAGGACAUAUACUCUUUCUAGAACCUGCAUGAAUUAUAGUUUUUCAUGCUAGCUAAACUCGAACUACUGGUUCUUGGGUUCAAGUUCCUAAGCUUUGUAAGCUUGAAAUGGAUUUGGCAGAACCAAUUGGUCCUCUGCCUCUCAUACACUGCAAUGUAGUACUGAAAGGUGAAGAUGGAUCAGGCCUUUUUAGUACACCGCCAUAGAUUAUUACUGGGGAGAUUUCUCUCCAGUAUAUUUUAAUUUCUCUUUCAAUGCCGUUGGGGCUUAAUAACCUAUGCUUGUAACUCACAGGUGCAACCUCAUUUUAGUCGAUACAAUUUAUAGACAAGAUUUGCUUUUUCUUUGGUCAUA